GAGCUAAAGAGCAGGAGCCGGCCGCGAGAGCUCCCCGCAACUUCUCCGCAUUCCGAGUUUAAGUUUAACACAAGAAACGAGCGUAGUUUUAAGGCUGAAUAUACGCAAUAUAGAUUUGGGGCAAUAUAUAGAAAGUAUAUGCGAGAGACGAGUUCGGAAAUCCGUGCGAGUGAUUCUUCUUCGAUAAAUACCAGCCCUUAAGUAUAGAAGAACAAUCAUGAAGUUCGCAACGACGCUGAUCCUCGCUGCCUUCACCGUCGCUCUAGUCAGCACUGUACCGGUUCCUGAUAAUCAAUCGCUUCGAUCACAGGUACUGGAACGAUUGGUCAUGGUGGAAGGAGACAACGAAGAAGCUCUCAGAAGCAAGAGAACGAUCGGUAUCCUUCGACAAUUGUUCCCUCAGCUAUCGGAGAUAGUCGAACGAAAGGUGAACGCGAUAACGUCCGAGGUGAUAAAGGUCCUCGGUCCGGUGAUUCUUCAGAGUGUGCUGGGCGGUGGUGCCAGAAGAGGUGGUGGUGGAGGAAGGAGUGGAGGGGGAACGAGCGAUGGGACGACGGUAGAGGCGGCGUCGCCGUUUGACGACGAUAAGAAGAGCGAGCAGGUUUCUGGAUCGAGCGGGGGCGAUAAGUUGUCAUCGACGAGUAAAAGUGGCUCGAGAAUUUCGAUAUCAUUGCCGACUUUUCCUCCGGACGAGGAGGACGCUGGGGCUACGGAAUCACCGGCGUCGAGGACGACGAUUAGGUCCUCGACCGAGCGCGCAUCGUCUUCGACCGCGAACCAGGAAGCCGAGGACCGUUUGGCCGAGGAAACAGCUGAAUCCCAAAACAACGAAGUGCGAGUGCAGUUUGCCGACGAGCAGGCGAACGAAGCCGGAGGAUCGGAGCUGGCUCCGCUGGAGGACGUCGAGGUCAGUGACGACGAGAAUCGAAACAAGAGAUUUCUGAACUUCGGUUUCGGAGCCUCCGGAGGCGCUGGUGGAGCCGGGGCCGGAGGAAGUGGGGGCGGCUCGGGGAACUUCCUCUUCGACAUCAUCAGGCAAGCCGCGGACGGGGCGGCUAGAGCGGCAGGUACGGUGUAUCGCGUCGUAGCGGGAACGCAAAGCCUCGGUCUAGGUCUAAGCGCCUCGCGUGACGUUGCUCCCGCGCCAGCACCGGCUGCUCCGGCCCCCAGUGCUCCCGCUGCCAAUGCCGGCGUCGCCCCCGCCCCCGCAGCUGCCCCCGCGCCCGGAGCUGGCACGCAACCACCGCUCGUCGCCGGAAGCGGAAGCUCUCAACAGGGCGACGUCGCUGCUGGAGCACCCUCGCCAGGACGUAACGACGGCACCACCGAAGCUGUUCCUGGACCCGUCACCAGGCUCUUCGUUAUCGCUAAUCGAGGAAUCUCGAAUCUCAUACAAGACCUUAUCCUCCGUUUGGCGGCAACGAGUGAGCGCAUAGUCAACUUCAAGGCAAGACUCAUCACGUCGAUCAUCUAGAAGAGAAAAUGAGAAGAAAAAAAUACACACACACACACACACACACACACACACACACACACACACACACACACACACACACACACACACACAAUAUUCGUCACAAAAGAGAACUUUUUUCUUACCACAUGCAAUAAAAAAUCACGUGUGGCGCGAGAGACAACGCAGAAGUGUUUCGCGACGACGAAAACCAACGGAAACGAAGAGUGUCGAGAAGCUGUGAAAAUUCUCGAAGAAAUUCAACAUUCAGAAGCAAACGAAGAUUACAACGACGAAAGGAGAACGCGACAGUGAGAAGAUUCACGAGAAUACGUGAACAAUGUUACGAUUAUUGCUGCCAGAGCUCAGGGAGGCGAAAAAAAAUGGAAAAGCACAUACUCGAGACUCCAAAAGAUUCAAUAAUCUUACUGGGACCACGAUUUUGUGGAAAAUAUUUUAUGAAAUGAUUGGGAAACUCGAGUACGACGACGGAACGUAUUCCAGAUUAAAGAAAAAAUGAAAAAAAAAAUGAAAAAAAAGAUUUGUAAGGCGAAAUAAUUGUGGGAAUUCGUUGCUCUUUGUACUCGAGAUUCCUGGCGAUUGACAUUAAUAUCGAUAAUCGAAACUAAUCGAUGGAUAAUAUCGAUGCUACGAUAAUCAAUCGAUUUCAUUCGUCGUAUCGUCCAUCGAUAUUUUACAAUUGAUCCGUUUCAUUUCUGUUGAUCAUCGAUUUAUUGAUAAUUUAUGUUGAAAAUCGAUUGGAGCCUCGCUGAGCCUUUUCCUAAUGAAUCUGUUCGAUUCCUUUCUCCUAUUUUCCCCAUUCACUUUUCAAAUUCUUUCUCUACUACCCUGCUACGUAAUUGAAUAGGAUCAUUCCACAAGAUCGAUCUUUCGUUUCACCAAAAUGCUGUGAAAUCUCGUUUUUGAUUUAUUUUUAUUUUUUUGUAAAUAAUCUUAGAUUUAUUGUUUUCUUCACUUUUGCUCUCUCUCUCUCUCUCAUGACAAUUUAUUUUUGUAUGAAAUUAUUUGAGAAAACAGUGCCUGUGAGUCCUGAUCGUUUCUAUUCGAGUACAGUGAGAGAAAUUUUACAUUUUGGCUACAGAGAGACGCUACCCGACGUCGGUGGACUAGAAAUAUUUCAUUUUUACUCAUAAAUUUAGAUGAAAAAUUUCGAAAAUUUAUCGAAAACGUGCAAGAAGAAAAAUGAUUUCUAAGAUCACUGAUCGACGAAUCGAUCAUUGAGGAACCGGAAUUCAAUGUUGUUCAUAAAAUUUUCUCCUGAGCCUAUUCAACGACCGAAUAUGACGAGGCAGUGCCAUACAAAUAUCUGGUACUCCGGAGGAACAAUUUUGUGAAAGAACGAUCAGAAAAGAGUCCAUGAAAAUCCUACUUUAUUUCUCCCUCUUUCUUUGUUCUUACUCUCUCUCUCUCUCUCAGAGAUUUGCAUGUGCAAAUAAUUCCUCGUUAUUUUGUAGUGUAAAUAAAUAUUGUUUCGAUAAUAAGUAAACGAA